UAUUUAUUCAGAGGUAUGACAUCAUCCUGUUACGUCGUCAGCAACCAAGGAGCAACUACUUCUCACGGCUCAGUGUUGGAGUUCGCCUCUCACUGCGACCACGUUGUUCAUACUAUAAUAUUUGGUGUAUAAUUCAUAUAAAAUGGCUAAUGUUUUAGAUGUGUCUACUGAUGACAACCUUCAGUACCAGUUUUUCCCAGUCUCCAGUGGGUCGGUGCAGUUCAAGGUCAGGACUGCCAACGAUGCACACAUUGCACUCACCAUGGGUCCCCAAGAAUCGGAUCCCAUGUAUGAGAUAUUUAUCGGUGGAUGGGGUAAUGCAAAGAGCGUAAUCAGACGAAACCGCACCAAACCAGACAAAGUAGAAAUUGAGACCCCUGGAAUUGUUAACGCGGGAGAAUUUCGCGGCUUCUGGGUGCGGUGGGACGGCGGCAUUGUGUCCGCGGGGCGGGAGGGUGAAGCAAUCCCGUUUAUAUCGUGGUCGGACCCAGAACCUUUCCCCGUCGCCUUCGUCGGCGUCUGCACUGGCUGGGGCGCCACCGGCACCUGGAAGAUUGAGGAUGGAGCUGAGUUCGAUACUCCGGACAAGUUAGAGUACAAGUUCGGACCGGUAGCAGCUGGUUCGAUCGAGUUUGAUUUUCUCGGCCCUCACAACUGCCACGUCUGCUUGACGACCGCACCCGCCGAAGUUGAGCCUAUCUACGAAAUCAUCCUCGGUGGAUGGGAGAACAGCCAGUCUGUUAUUAGAUACUGUAAACAGAAACCCGAAAAGGUGACCGUUCCGACGCCGGGCCUAAUGAAUGCGAACGACUUUAAAAAAUUUAUUAUCGAAUGGCGUUGUGGCAGAUUAACAGUCCGCGAUGGACAGUCGGGAGAGGUGAUCAUGAGCUGGGUAGAUCCCGCACCCUUCCCCGUCACCCACUUCGGAGUCCGUACAGGAUGGGGCGCCCGUGGAAUUUGGAAAAUUAUUCAUUUCAACAAAAAUGGCACAGCCCAACCCCUUCCACCGUCGGCGCCUACAGCUGCCGCACUAUAUGCACCUCCCCCUGGCUACCCCGGCGGCGCUGCCCCGGUCGGAGGCGCUGGCAUCUGGGUGGAUGCUUCUUCAGGACAAUUGCCCCCAGGAGCUGUUGUAGGCGGCCAAGAUUGCAACGGAGAGCCAAUUUACGUGGUCAGAGCACAACAUGAAGGUGCGCUGAUACCGGGUAAAUUAGUAGCUUCACAUGGAUGUGCUUAUGUACCUUGGGGAGGUGUGGAAAAUGGAAAAACCGAGUACCAAGUCCUGGUGGGAGGUCCCAGUAACUGGGUGCCAACGAGCGGGUCCAACGUUCCGCCAGGCGCGUUCCCAGGAGGUGAGUCUGAAGAUGGAGAGCCUCUAUACAUCGGCAGAGUCCGCCACGAAGGCAGCAUCACGACAGGAAAGGUUCAGCAGACACACGGUGUUUGUUACAUUUCAUUUGCGGGUCAAGAACUUGGUUUCCCUGAAUACGAAAUCCUCAUGGCUUAAAUAGUUCUAAACUCACAAUCUUAAAGCUACCGAAGAGCUUAUAAAUGCUAAACUUGUAAUUUUAUUUAUAUUUAAGUCACUGCGUCUGCAAUGUUUAUUUAUUAGUGCUACUACUGUUACGAAUAUAAUAUUUUAUAAUAUUAAUAAAUUAUUUUCAAAACCGUGUUGUUGAUACUUUAUGCGUUAUGUCUAAGUUACGUGCCACAGUUUUAAGUCAGACGCCACAUAUAUAGAGUUUACUAGUGAAUAGAAUAUUUAAUCCUGAUUAAUUGUGUAAUCGCAUAUAAAACAUUAAUAUUCAUUCAUUCUCUGCUUCACUAUCAAAACUAGAGCCACCUAUGCAAUUUGUUAAGCAUCGACUUUAUAUAAUUAUUUGACUUGGCCAGAAUGCACCUUCCAGGAAGACAAUCAUUAGUAAAAUGUUAAUACAUAUUAUUAUAUUUAUUAAAUUUUUGCAUGUUUAUUUGUUCUUAUUUUAAACAUUACGUUUUGGCAUUCAUUGUAAUACUAUGGGGUACCCGGGUCUCCAUAGCUUCGUCAUUGGAAUCAUACAUACAAUUUCUUUUUUCGCUUUACAUCAUAGAAAACAGUACAGAAAUAUGGGAAGAAUUACUAACUUAUCCUGCAUGUUCAGAAGAAAGAUAAUAUAUCGCUAACACAACUUAAAAAUAAUUGUAAAGAUCCAUGAGUCUAAAUUCAUUUGUAAUUCUGGCGAAUAACGUAAUUUGAAAACGUCCAAGAUGCAUAAUUCUUUUAAAUCAGGUUGAGCUGUGCGGUUGGGCUGUCACCGGAGCAUCUAGACCAGGGGUCUCCAAACUACGGCCCGAGGGCCACAUCUGGCCCACGGACAGAUUUUGUCCGGCCCGCGGAGAGCUAGCAUACUUGAAAACUCCUUUUAGAGAACAUAUUUUUUAUAGCAAAUUAAAUUUAGCUUACUGAAGUAUUCUAAUUUUAUGUUGAAUAAUUAUUAAUAUGACAUCUACAUUGAUAUGGUCAUGGGCUAACUACUCAUAACAUUGUUGUAGGCUUAUUGUUAUUGUUUUUGUGAUAAAAACAUAACUUAUAACAAUCAUAAUGACAUAUGAAAUACUAUUAAGAUUUAUGUAAUUGAGAUUUUUUUUCUUUUUCGGACUUUUUUUUUCAUCAGUGGACUAUUUCACUUUUACCACCGGCAACUAUGAUAAUAUGGUUUUGGCCCUCGGAACUUACUGGAGUAAUCAGUAUGGCCCUAAGGCUGGAAAGUUUGGAGACCCUUGAUCUAGACGAAAGCAAUAAAAUUUUGCAACUGUUGGCCCUAUUUUAUAUAGGGUAAACCUCGUAGCUUUAACCAAAAAAAUAUGGUGUGGUGAGACCAAUUGCUGUGGUAAAUUAUAUACGGUACGAGUAUAUUCCGGUUUACUUCCACUAUAUAUUAGUUAUUUGAGAUAAGACAGCAUUUGCAGAUUUUAUAUAUUCGGUUUGGCGUGCAAUUCGAUACUCAAAUGUUAUUCGAAAGUCGUGUUAAUUUAUGUUUAAAUUCAGUCAUUUGUUUUUAGCAA